GCGGAUAAGUAGUCGUCAGAUCACAGACUUGUCAAUGUGGGUUUGACCAACACUACCACACUUCUCCUCUUCGAAAUUUGUCCCCUGAAGACCACGACUACAGACACACCAAGUCCACGAUACAAACACAGGAAGUCUCCCAAAGAGUAAACGCUGAGCUUCUUGAAGAACAAACGGAGCUGGUUUUUCCCCGCUCGGACUAUUUUCAACUGCCGAUUCUCGAGAGCCACGCCACUGAGCGAAGACACUCCGAUCGACGACACGGACAUAAUUCAGUCUACACGUCGACUUCAGGAAGCAUAAGGCAACUUCAUCUGCUUGGACUGAAGAUCUGCACCUGAAUCAUUUCAAAUUCAACCCAAACACUCGUUGACAACGUUCCCGUGCAACCAGUGUACUCGUUGACUGCAAGUCAACCUAUAUCCUUCCAUUUGAUUUUAUCUCAAUUUACGACAAAAUGAACGACCCCGAGCAGCUCAAGCACAACAUCACCGAGGAGAAGCUUAAGAACCAAAAGCCCUCAAAUGGCAACAUCUCCCGUGGCCCAUCACCCAACCGUGGUUCAUCUCUUCGUGAUGUUGAAGCCAUCGGCCCGGACUCGGAAUCGAAGCGAGAAUGGCAGAAGAAGCGCGGCAUCGACAGGUCGAAACAGGUCCGCAUAGUCAAACUGAACCACACGCGUUAUCAACACCCCGACUUGGCUGUUAUUACCACAUUUUUGAGAGAUUUCGGCAUGCACGUCACCAAAAAGAGCGAUAACGAGCGAUGGUUCCGCGGCUACGGACCAGACCAGUACGUCUACUAUGCGAAGCAAGGACCCAAGAAAUAUUUGGGUGCGGCCUUCCAAGUCGAGUCCCGCGAAGAACUCGAGAAAUUGCUCAACCUUCCCGGAUCGACCGUAUUGACCGACGGCAUCGAGGAAAUGAAAGACGCCCCUGGCGGCGGGUACAUUGUCACCAUCGCCGACCCCGAAGGUUUCCCCGUCAGUUUCGUCUACGGCCAGGCCGAGAUCAAGGAGGAGCGCAAGAAGCCCGCGAAACUGUUGAUCAACGACGAGGUCGACAAGCCACGACAGAAGGCCUUUCAAAGAUUCGAGCCCGGUCCAGCCGAGGUGCACAAGUUGGGCCAUUUCGGUCUGAACGUGCAGGACUUUCCCGCCCAGAUGGACUGGUACACACGGCACUUUAACCUCCUUCCGAGCGAUAUUCUGUACGUGCCGCUUGAAAAAAUUGACCCCGAGACCGGCAAGCCCGCUCGUAAGGAAGUCGCGCUGUUCGCCAUGAUCGACCGUGGUCAGGACCUGACUGAUCACCACACCUUCUUCAUGACGACUUUGAGCGAUGGUGUGGAGAAGCACGUACACCAUUCGAGCUUCGAGGUGCAUGACUUCGACACCCAAUUGCUGGGUCACCACUGGCUCGCGGAGAAGAAGUACGAGAGUGUCUGGGGCGUGGGGAGACAUAUUUUGGGAAGCCAGAUCUUUGAUUACUGGUGGGAUGUGAAUGGAUUCAUGGUCGAGCAUUAUGCGGAUGGAGAUUUGGUCAACGAGGAUACCCCUGUGGGAUAUGGACCUGCUGCGAAUGAGGGUUUGGCGGUCUGGGGGCCCGAGGUUCCUGGUGCGUUCUUGGAAUAAGGUCGCAGACGAAUGGAAUGGCUAUGACGGUGGGAGACUGUCUAAGAUAUUUGGUUGUGACUGUCCGUAUGUAUACCUUGUUAGCCAAUAUCACGCUUUUUGCUUUCACGUUGA